GAUUUUUCGUAUACAUUAAGACUGUGCCCUCGCAACGUACGCAGCGGAGCAAAAACUGAAAAAUGCAAAUAAGUCCUAAACAUAUAGAGUUUGAGCCACCGUUCACAACCUCGGCUACAAGCUCCAUUACAAUCACCAACGAUUCGCAAACUAGUAUCGCUUUCAAAGUGAAAACCACAGCCCCAAAGCUUUACUGCGUGCGUCCUAAUGCCUCGAUCGUCAAGCCUGGAUCGAGCAUGGAUGUGUCUAUCAUAUUUCAGGGACUUCCAAAGGAGCCUGCGAUUGGCACCAAGUGCAAAGACAAAUUCCUGAUCGUUUCCGUCCCAUGCUCCGAUGAUCUCGAUCCGAAAUCCGUUUCCACCAUAUGGCCUGAGCUUCAAUCCCAAGCGGGCUCCACCACUGAUGUGAAGGUCAAGGUGGUUUUCAACUACAGUAGCUUAACCAACACUAUCCAGGAAGAAUCUUCACAGCAAUCUAAAUCAGACGACAGGGACCCCGCUGUGUUGGCAGCUGCUCCAUUGGCCAAUGGCCACAGUGGUGUAGAUGAAAAACCUGUCUCCGAGAAGAAAGCGGUGAGUUCCGACGAUGUGUUACCAGAGACCAUGCCUUUGGCCCCAGCUACCACUGACAACAAAGAAGCUGCAGCAGCCGUUGCUCCAGCUAAGCAGGAACCUGCUACUAGCUCUACUUCUUCCAACGUGUACGUUGUGGCCGUACUCUUAGUUAUUGUGGCUGUCAUGUACGCAAAAUUCAUGCUGUGAGGCUUUUUACUGUGCUUUUGCCUACUGAAUUUGCCUGGCGUUUGCAGAAUUUGUGACAAAUCAACGUUUAAAGUUGUUUAGUCAGCUUCGAAAUUGGAGCACUAUAGAACAACCCAACAAGAGUACUCUGCUAAACAUUUCAAGGCUGUGUAUGUGUUUGUAAUCAAUUCUGUGGUUUUUCUA